UUGCUGUUAAAAUAUGUGUUAUUAUAAAUUAUUAGAAUUUUCAAAUCCAUUAAUGUUCUUCGUAAGUUGUAAGUCGUCAAUUUCCAUCCUUAUGUCAACAUAUUGUGUUAAUCAUACCGUGUCUGGUACAUGGCUAAUAAAAUUUAUAAGCGAGAAAAAUAAUGUAUCAAAAUUGCGCGAUUAGUGAAAAUUAUUGUACUAUUUAUUUGCCUAUUUAUAAUUAUUAAUUUUAUUUAUUUCACUGAGAACUUAAAAGUAAAAUAUCAUGGAGUUUAGUUAACGCAUGAAAGCAUAGCGUUUUCGAACAAAGUGGAUUCGUACAUACUAUAAGAGAUAUAAUGCGCCAGCUUGGAAAUGAAUGACUCAAGUCAAAGCACACACAAAAGUACAUAAAAUGCGAGAUAAGUUUGUUAAAAAUUGAAUUUAUUGAUAAACGAUAAGUAAAACGAAAUGGAGUUGGUUAAUCAGCCUGUAGUAAUUGAUAACGGUUACGGUAUUAUCAAGGCCGGAUUUGCUGGAGAUUCUGUUCCUAAAUGUCGGUUUCCUAAUUAUGUGGGCCGUCCAAAGCACGUUCGAGUGAUGGCCGGAGCUUUCGAGGGUGACCUUCUCAUCGGUCCCAAGGCGGAAGAGCACAGGGGCCUGUUGGCCAUCAAGUACCCGAUGGAACAUGGCAUCGUCACAAAUUGGAACGACAUGGAGAGAAUUUGGCAAUACGUGUACAGCAAAGAUCAGCUGCAAACAUUUGCUGAAGAGCCCGUUCCCCUUACGGAAGCGCCCCUCAAUCCGCGCAGGAACAGGGAAAAGUCGGCCGAGAUAUUUUUCGAAACGCUGAACGCUCCAGCCUUAUUUUUGUCGAUGCAGGCAGUUCUUAAAUUAUAAGCAAAUGAGAGAACGACGGAUGUUGCAUUAGUCGCCGGAGAUGGGGUGACCUAUUACGAAGGUUUCGCCCUGCCACACAGCAUCACGAGGGUGGAUUUAGUUGGGCGAGAUGUGACGAGAUAUCUAAGGUUUCUUCUACGCAAAGAAGGAAUCAACUUUAGGACGUCGUCAGAGUUCGAAAUAGUGAGAACGAUUAAGGAGCGAGAGUGUUACUUAUCUGCGAAUCCAUCCAAGCAAAGGACUCUGACCCGGAUGCGGAUAAGCAUUUACAAGCUGCCAGACGGUACUCAGCUCGAUAUUGACCAGGCUCGCUUCCGAGCUCCGGAAGUCCUGUUUCGACCAGAUUUGAUCGGAGAAGAGUGGCAUGAAGUUUUGCUGUUUUCCAUACAAAAGUCGGACACGGAUUUGAGGAAAAUUCUCUUUCAAAAUAUCGUUCUAUCCGGUGGCUCGACUUUAUUUAAAGGUUUUGGUGACCGUCUGAUAUCUGAAGUGAGAAAACAAGCACCAAAGGAUAUCAAAAUCAAGAUUUCCGCACCUCAGGAACGUCUAUACUCGACCUGGAUCGGUGGCUCGAUAUUGGCGUCGUUGGACACGUUCAAGAAAAUGUGGGUUUCGAAACGGGAAUUUGAAGAGGAAGGCCAACGCGCAGUUCACCGAAAAACAUUUUGAUUUUGGAUCUUUAUUUUAAAAACUGUUUGUACAUGUAUAAUUUAUGGAUGAAAAACUACCACAGUAUUUAAGCCUUACCCUCACGCUCGGAGGAAUCGAAACGGGUUGGAGUAAAAUUCCAGUUUGAUCCUUCUCUCUCGCUUUGCGUAAUGCCUUGUAGUGCCUAUCUCGGAACUUCGCAUCGACCCUGUGGGGGGGAGGAGUCGACCUCAGGGAAAUGCAUCCCCCGGUCUUUAGAAUUUCGUUUUCUGCGUCUGAUGGUAUUUUUUUCAAAUUUUUUGGACUGGCGCAAGGUACACUUAUGCCCCUUACCAUCAAGUGAGAUAAUCUUAUGGAGACUGGUAAGGGGCAUAAGUGUACCUUGCGCCAGUCCAAAAAAUUUGAAAAAAAUACCAUCAGACGCAGAAAACGAAAUUCUAAAGACCGGGGGAUGCAUUUCCCUGAGGUCGACUCCUCCCCCCCACAGGGUCGAUGCGAAGUUCCGAGAUAGGCACUACAAGGCAUUACGCAAAGCGAGAGAGAGAAGGAUCAAACUGGAAUUUUACUCCAACCCGUUUCGAUUCCUCCGAGCGUGAGGGUAAGCCUUAAAUUAGUGUGUCUAUUAACUAUACUAUAUAGUGAGGCAUUUCACGAAACCCUUCGUAACUUCGUAACCCCCUUUAAACUUACGAACCUUACAAACUUUUGACGAAACCUGGGAAUAUCUCUCAAGUAAUUUUUGCUAACAAUUAAGCUAUUCAUGGAAGAUAAUCAUCAUGUUUUUGGUUCGUAAGCUUACGUGGUUACGGAUUUAUGAAGGUUGACGUGAAAUGCCUAAUUGUUUAAUUAAGUAAAAUCAUGGGGUUUGUAUUGCCAAAAAGUUUAUACUGAUUUGUUUUCAAAUUAUGAUAAGUCUGUAUGUAUGUAUUUUACUUAAUGUAUUAUAAAAUACCAAUCAACUGAAA